AACACGUUCUAUUUGUAAUAUGGGUUUGACAGAAACAAGCAUUCACAAUAAAUUAAGCGAGCGUUUGAAACCGAUUCAUCUAGACGUAAUAAACGAGAGUAAUAUGCAUAAUGUGCCCAAAGGCUCGGAAACCCAUUUCAAAGUCAUUAUUGUUUCCGAUUUAUUUAAUGGCAAAUCAUUACUCCAGAGACAUCGAAUGGUUAACGAACUCUUGGCUGAGGAAUUAAGUGGAUCGGUUCAUGCUCUAAGUAUUCAGGCGAAAACGUCUCAGCAGUGGGAAGAUUCAAAUCAUCAUAUUACAAAAUCGCCUCCAUGCUUGGGAGGUAGUGGUAAAUGAAGUAGUUAAAGAAGCAUGGCUUUUAGGAAAAUAAAUUCCUUUCAAUUCUUAAUUUCUGUAACAGUAAACUCUUAAAUUUUAAGUCAAAGAACUGUACAUAGAAUUAUAUUUU